CGUUACGACAUUUCGAAUGCUCUCUUUCUCAAAGCAUUCAAAGGACAGGGAAAAAAUACAAUCUACAACACACCACGCCGGAACAAGCGAAACAGCAAAAGAGCUCAAACAAUCGCCGUAGUGAAAUACACAAACCACCAUGCUCCGAAUAGCUACAAUUCUACCAGUUGUCGCUGUGGCCUCUCUGACUACGGCGGAAUUUGCACUUUCCACCCAUGCCGAAGGAAUAAUUUCAUCAAAUUCUUUCCAAGCAACUCGGGGUCUAAGCAUCAUCAAUGGUUCCGGUGUGAGAGAAGGGAGAGAAUUAAGUCCCGAAGAGGCCGAAGAGCCAAAGGGAUCUAAGAAAUCAAAGGCACCAAAGAAAGGUAAAGAUCCAAAAGGAGAAAAAGGAGAUAAAGGAUCAAAAAAAUCAAAGAAAGAGAAAGGAGCGAAGGGUGCAAAGGUACAAAAAGUUUCGAAGAAAGGAAAGAGCUUUCAAUCGGAAGACAUACUGGUACGUUUUCCAAUUGCUAUCCAUUAUGCGAUACGCCAAUUUGAAGGCAAUUAAUAUUUUUUUGCAUCUGUUUUGGAUUCCAACAGAAUCAACUGGACUUCAUUGCUCAUUAUUAUGUAUUUUUUUCUUUCUCUGAUCUUUUUUUUUCCUCGUAUUAUCAAACUAUCUUUUUCCAACUGACAUCAAUUUCGUCGAUACAAUCCUCCAGGAUUGGCUUCUCGAUGACGCAGAAGGAAACGUUACUAUAACGACUGAAACAGUGACAGAAACUACCGAUACGGUCGUGGACGACACCGAGACAACUUCAACCGAAGACCCACCAGCAGCAGACGAUUCUUCGUCCUCGACCGAACAGGAAGAAGUUCCACCAGAAUCCAAAUCCAGUGGUGCAGUGCGUUCGCCGUCGUUCGCCAGCUCGGUUCUUUUCACGUUCGCAGCUACUUGUGUUGCUGCUGCUCAGUUCCUAUAACAGACACAUUGCUUGCAAGGGUCGAUUGAUGACUGCGAUACAGCUUGGCUGUAUUCAUGUAUAUGUAUCUCGUGUUUUUCUGUCUAUAUGUGGAUGCUUUGAUGCUUGGGUUGCUCCGGAUAGUCUACGCCACGUCCUGAUUGCCGGGCAUGGCGAGUCCCAAUAGUGCCAUGCUCUUGUUUUCACCAACUAGAAGCAUGAGUACUUAGUACCAGCGAUUCGAAAUGUGAAAACGUCCAUAAAUAUUGUAAACUUUA